AUGAUUGCAGAAAGUUUAAAUAAAUCAUCGGCAAGUAACUCAAUUAUUAGAGCAUCCAAUAAUGGCGCAAAUAAUAACAGUAGCACUAGUAAUGAAAGUUAUCAUUCAAUCCACAGUAAAAAAGAUGAAGAUUCAAAGGAUAUUACUUUUCUUGUUAGUGACAACCCAGAUUCAGUUAAGGAAAAAAGUAAUGUUUCCAAUACAUCAUCAAUUAUUUCCGCAUCAAAUAUGAACAAACAUUUAGCUCCAGCAAUGGCAAGACCAAGAGGUAGAUCAAUUUCUGAUUCAUUAUUUAACUCUCCAAGUAAUAAAGAAUCUCUAAAUGAUAUUCAAAAAGCAAUUGAAAAUGAAAAGAUGAAAAAAAAUAAAUUUGAAGAAUUAAAAUCCAUUUUGGGCGAUAGGGAAGAUAUUAUUGAUAUUGCAGAUAUCCAAUUUAUUCAAAAGGUUGGAGAAGGGGCUUUUAGUGAGGUAUGGGAAGGAUGGUGGAACAAUAUUCAUGUAGCAAUCAAAAAGUUAAAAAUUAUUGGGGAUGAAGAGCAGUUUAAAGAAAGAUUUAUUAGAGAGGUCCAAAAUUUAAAGAAUGGCAACCAUCAGAAUAUUGUAAUGUUUAUUGGUGCAUGUUAUAAACCAGCUUGUAUAAUAACAGAGUAUAUGAGUGGGGGUAGUCUUUAUAGUAUUUUACAUAAUCCAAAUACACCAAAGGUUAAAUACUCUUUUCCAUUGGUUUUAAAGAUGGCUACAGAUAUGGCAUUGGGACUUUUACACCUCCACUCAAUUCAAAUUGUCCACAGAGAUUUAACUAGCCAGAAUAUCCUUUUGGACGAAUUUGGAAAUAUAAAAAUAUCCGACUUUGGUCUUAGUCGUGAAAAGAGUCGUGAAGGUUCAAUGACAAUGACUAAUGGCGGCAUUUGUAAUCCAAGAUGGAGACCUCCAGAAAUUACUAAAAAUCUUGGCCAUUAUAGCGAAAAGGUUGAUGUCUAUUGCUUCUCUUUGGUAGUGUGGGAAAUUUUAACUGGUGAAAUUCCAUUCUCUGAAUUGGAUGGUUCACAAGCCUCUGCUCAAGUAGCCUAUGCAGGUUUAAGACCACCCAUUCCAGAAUUUUGUGACCCAGAAUUAAGAACCCUUCUUCAAUCGUGUUGGGAAGCAGAUCCAAAUGACAGACCAAACUUUAGCUAUGUGGUUUCAAAACUUAAAGAUAUUGCUUGGAAUAACCCAAUUGGUUUUGUUUCAGAUUCUUAUUAUCAAUUAAGUGAACCAUGCACCCCACGUACAAAUUUAGUUCAUAGUAACCAAUCUUCAAACUCUAGCCAAUCAAAUAAUUCUUUAUCUCCAACCAAAUUAUAAAAUCAAAGUGACUUGAAAAAAAAAACAUCAAAAAAAAAAAAAAA